AUGGAAAACUUCUGGGCAGGAGCUUGUGCCCUCGGGGAGGGAGGGAGCCCUGGAACAGGAGUUCCCGUGCCCAGGGAAGCUCCUUCACAGGCGGGCCCAACCGGGAGCUGCGCAGUCUUGGAAAACCAGGCAAAGCAAGGACUCAAGUGCGUUAACAGCCCGUGGACUGUGGCGCCAGACAGACGGCGGGCUCCCAGACGGAGAACCGCGCAGCAGGCAACCCAGCGGGCGCACACAGCCCCUGCGGUACAGAGGGCAGGCCCAGGUAGCAGGCAAACAGCCGGCGCCAAGGGCGGGACAGGGGCGCCCGCAGAGGGGCGGCAUACAGACGUGGGCAGCGCACACAACCCUCCCGGCACAGCCCUGCGACCGAGAGUGCAGGCAGUGAGCCGAAAGAAGCCCACGCUGGCCCUGCAACGCAGAGGCCAGCCCGGGGAGCUGAAAAAGGGCACACAAGCCCCGCGACGCAGAGGGUGCACCUCGGAACCGGGAGCCGAGUCACAUGCACACAAGCGCCGUGGAGGGGAAAGUGAGUUUAGGGGGAAGGGAAGCCCCCACACAUCUCCGCGAUGCAGGAGGAUCCGCACAAGCGCCUGCCUAGCAAGUUUCAGCCAGCAGUGCAGGGCGGGACAGGGAAACAGAAGCACCGGCCGUGAUCCCAGGGACGAGCAGGCAGCUGGUGGCACUGCAGUUAGGCUGAGAGGCCCACCUUGA